AAAUUACAUAAAAACUUUGUCCAUAAUCUUUUUUUCUAAACCCAACAGGAAACUAACUAUCGAGCUUUCAAAAUGUACUCUUUUCGAGUUCUUCACAAUAGUCAUAUUUAAAUUUUGAACGGAUGACUUCUGGAACUCCAUUUUGAAGCUGGUCCAGGGAACUCGGAAGUUUUUCUUGAAGAUAAUGAGCCAUUGACUGAAAUGAUAAGCGAUAGUCGGGAGGUGUUUUGAGAAGUAUAAUACACGGAGGGCCAGACCUCCUAACGUUUUAUUUGUAACUAUUUAUUAAAAAAAACAAAACAAUGUUCCCAUAAAAAAGGUGGCCGCACUGACCCAAAAUGGUGUUGAAGCGUGGUAGAUUGAGGUCUUUUACUUGAGUUAAUUUUUCGAUCACUGAUAAUUGGCUUUUAUUAAAGCUGGAUAGUUAGAAAAUAAUACAAAAUGAAAAAAAUAUUAAAAAAUUAAUUGCCUUGGUAAUCAAAAACAUUAGUAAAGGAAAAAUUUUCAAUUCGUUCAAACUAAGUUUGAAUAUCAUGCGUCUUUUGUAAAUAAACGGCCAACAAUAACGGAAAAUGCUCUGAAAUAAAACAUCUGGUGAAUACACUUUUCUUUCUAAAACACUGAUUAAUUUUUUUAAUAUUUGAAGCAGUUACUUAGAAAAUGUACUUAAUCGGCGGGAAAAGCUGUACUGGCAUAGGUGUCGAGAGUCUUCUGCCAUAUCAUUAAUUACUAUAAAUGUCAUAAUUAUAGUGCUAUAAUCAUUUUAUUAAUAUUUUAUUGCAUUAAAGAACAAAUAUUAAUAAAAUAAUUGUAUUGUCAAUUUUUUUUAAACCCAUUUUUAAAGCUCGAUAGUUCGCUUCCUGUUGUGUUUAUAAAAAAAAUGUUAUUUACAAAAAAAAAAUAAAAAAUAAAUAGUGUAAAUAGGUAUGCCUGCAUCUAAGAUGUUUAUUUUCAUUACUUUUUUUUUUAAAGAUAAUUUUAAUUCUAUUUUAUUCAUUUAUUUUCAUUCUAUUAUUACUAUUAUUUAUAUUUUCUUCCUUCACUAUGAUAUUUUAUUUUGUUCUUUUGUACCUUUAUAUUAUUUGAAGCUAGCUUAUUUUUUUUAUUUUUUUAAAUUUGUAAAUAUGGUGUGAAUGUGCUCUCAAACUCUAUUAUAAAUGUCCUUUAUUGAGACAGAUUGUAAUAUUUAUCAAUAAACAAAUAAAUAAUAAAAUCGAAAAAUGUUAGAUAAUUUUAAGUUGUUACGAUUGAACAUAAUCAUUUUUUAUCUAUGCUACUUUAAAAAAUAGAUAUUUAGAGUAAACUAAAAAAUUUCGAAAUGUCAAUGGUUUUUGGAGCACUGCAGUGAACCCACUAGGCUUUCAAGGGCGGAAACUUGGAUUUUUUAUAUUCAUUGCAAACCUAACAAUAUAAAAAAUAAAUUUCAAUUACCCCACAUUUUGCAAGCUGGACAUCGUUUUUUCGUGCUAAUUUGAUUGGGCCAUGUAUGCUUUGUACCUGACAUCCAAUGUGAUUCUAACUUUUUUUAUGAAUGAUAUUAAAUUUACAUUUUUUUUUUCCAGAUUGUUAUGGAGUCACAUAAAGAUACAUCAGAAAUAUGCGAAUUCUACAGAGGCAAGCACGUACUACUGACCGGAGGGACUGGCAUGUUGGGCAAAUUGGUAAUUGAGAAAUUGUUGAGGGUCUGCAAACCAGCGAUGAUAUAUCUCAUCAUUCGUACCAAGAAGUUCAAGGAUCCUCAUCGUAGGCUUAAAGAUCUUACUGAGAGUUCGUUAUUCCACCGCCUGAAAAAAGAAGAUCCAGUCUUCAUGGAGCGAUUGAAGAUCGUUCCCGGUGAUGUGUCCGAGCCUGGACUUGGAUUAUCUCCGGCGGAUGUUGAGCACUUGAUCGAGAAAGUCCAGGUUGUAUUCCACUCUGCUGCCACAGUCAAGUUCGACGAAACUUUGUCUACUGCUACGAAGAUAAAUGUUCGAGGAACUAUGGGGAUCAUUGAACUGUGCAAGAAGAUGAAGAACUUAGAGUCUGUGGUUCAUGUUUCUACAGCUUACAGUCACAGUCCCAGGAAAGAGAUCAGGGAGGAAUUCUACGAGUCACCGAUUUCUCCUCAAGGCCUCAUUGAUUUAGCUGAUAAUUUAAGCCCUCAACUAUUGAAUGCGAUAACACCACAUAUCAUUGGAGAAUGGAUUAACACGUAUGUAUUUACGAAAGCAGUUGCUGAGGAAGCUGUUAGGAAAAAUGGUCUAGGACUACCUAUAUCCAUCAUGAGGCCUGCAAUCAUUUUUACAGCAAGAAGUGAACCCAUUCCUAAUUGGAUAGAUCAGACUUAUGGACCAAUAGGAGUAUUAGCUGGAUAUUAUGUUGGAGCAACCCGUGUCGUCAAGUUUGGCAAUAAUGUUAGAGCAGAUUUGAUACCAGCAGACAUGACUGUGAAUUGCCUUCUUGCAGUUGGUCACCAAACAGCUAAAUUGAGAAAAUUGCAAGAAAUUCCAAUCUUUAAUUUUACAAGUCAUCCAAAGAACAUUGCAUCAUGGGAUGAUAUAUUUCGCUUAUCCAUAGAGAGGUCCAUCGAAACACCUUAUUCUCAGACAUAUUGGCAUUAUUCGUCAGUAUUCGCAGUCAGGAAUAAUUUUAUUUAUUAUUUACUGGCAUUUUUUCUACACAUAUUGCCUGCAGUUAUAAUUGAUGUUGGGCUUAUCUUUCUGCAUAAGAAACCAAGGUAUUUAAAGAUGUACAAUAAAAUCCAUCAUGGUAUGGAUCUUUUUGAUUACUUCAGCCAAAAUACUUGGAGAUUUUCAAUAGAAAAUACAAUGGGUCUUUGGAGAAGUCUUAAUGAUGAAGACAAACAGUUUUUUGACUUUGACAUGGAAUCGCUUGUUUAUAAAUCGUUUUUAAAAGGUACCAUUGAUGGUAUCAGAAUGUAUUUAAAAGACGAGGAAGAGGAUUUGACAUACAUAAAGAGAAGAUAUCGUAUAAUUAAAGUUAUCGACCGUAUCGCCAGAAUUUUUCUAUUCUCUGGACUGAUUUGGUUCCUUUGGAGAAUUUUUACGACAGUUCCAGACUAUAAGAUAUAAUUUUUUUUUCAUAUGUAUUUCUGAAUAAAAUUUGUUUUAUUUAUUUAUAGCGAAAGUAUUGCAUUUA